GUACAAAAAACAGUCUGUCAGUAUAAACUGCAGGUUGAUUCUACUGGAUGACAGAGGAGAAGAAAAAAUACAGACUUCAUUCUGGAUUCUGAUCUGAACCUGAUUUCAAACAUCAGAGGUCAGUUUGUUAAAUUCAUACUCCGGGCCAGCAGGUGGCGGUAAAACAUCUGGUCCACACGUCAGACUCACUCAACAUAAAAGGAGGGAAACCAGCACAGAGUGGACUAGAGCGCAGAGGGAGGAGACGGAGGAGGAUCAAACCUGAAGAUAUGAAGUUGAAACGACACUAAGUGCGCUUUAAAACCCUCCUGUUCACCAGCAACUUCUCCAACCAGCUGUGACCUGAUAUGAGAAAAUGUAUAUAAUCCUGCGACUCCAAGGACUGGAUGUGAAGGCGGGAGUUGAAGAUAUUCGAGCUUUCUUCCACCCACUCCACAUACCUGACGGUGGAGUUGUCAUAGUGGGAGGAAGUCUCAGGGAGGCUUUUAUUGCCUUCAUCUCGGAGAGACACGCUCAGCUCGCCAUGAGACGCACCGGAAACCUCCUGAAAGGCUCCGAAGUGACGAUGCACAUCAGCAGCAUGGUUGAGCUGGAGCACAAGUUGGAGCUGUUGUUGAAUAAGAAGAAGAAAGAGGAAAGCUCCCAGCUCACCGUGCAGAGACCUGCUGCCAGACCCACGUCCUCGAAUGUUGUUGUGGACCUCACCGCAGAGCCUACAUCUUCUCCUGCGUGGCCAACAGAUCCAGACACUGCAAAUCUGCCUCUUUUAAACACACCGCAGCAACAGCAGCAGCAAGCCGGUCAGACUCUGGACUCUGGCACUGCUUUUCUUCUUGGGAUCUGCACCGUCCUUCAAGGUUUGCAGUCGUCCCAACAAGUAGAAACCAUUAAGGCAGCUGAGUCUCCUAAAGUUGCAGUGUCACCUAAAGCUGUUGCGUCCGAUGGUUCGAUAACACCAGAGCAAACUGCAAACUCAAAGCCAGGCUACGUCAGGCUCUUCGGCCUGCCCCCCUCGACUACCAAAGAGGACAUUUGCCGCUUUUUCUCGGGGCUAACGGUGCAGGAAGCCAUAGUUAACGUCCAGUUGGGUCUUAAUCAUGGCUGUCUGGUGAAGUUCGCAAACAUGCAGGACGCACGCGACGCUCUUUGUUUCAAUCAGCAGCUUCUGGGCCAAAUCUGCGUCGAGGUUCGUGGAGGGACCGAGAAGAUGUGGAACAGUGCCCUGCAGGAAUGUGAAACCGCUUCGAAGGUUCAGGAGAGACCGAAACUGGAGCAAAACCCUCUGAGGGAAAACCACAAGCAAAAAUCUCUACUCGAGAUCAAUAAGCGAUCCGUCAGCCCUCUUCCAUCUACACCAGCGAAAAAACCCAAAAUCGUCACCGCCUACACGCCUCCACCUGCGAGGCACAUCGUCAUGGUCAACAACCUGCCCAAAGAGAUAAACAAGACUGAAAUAAAAGAGCUCUUCGGAUGUCCUAACGUCUCACACAAAAACGUUCUCCAUCUGCUAGACAAAUUCGGCAGAAAAACUGACACAGCCUUUCUUAUUUUUGACCAAAUUGAGGAUUAUGAAUAUGCACUGAAUCUGUCGGGCUGCCACGUGGGCACCAGCGCCAUCCAGGUCUCGGCAAUCACCGAGCAGAUGAUGAGGGAGAAGAUGUCCAAAGCUCGAUCUCUGAAGACUCAUCUGAAGAUGGGCAAGAAUCCAAAAUGGAAACCAGAGGAGAAUGUCGACCGGACAGGUCUGACCUGCCUGUUUGUGAGAAACCUUCCUGCACACGUGCAGAAAGGUCAUGUAGGACGGCUUUUCUACAGAUUCAGACUCACUCAGGACAGCAUCGUUGUGCUGCACGACAGCAAGGGAAACGGUCUUGGUGAAGUUCUGGUUCAGUUUGACUCGGAGAAGACCGCGUCGUUCGCUUACAAGAUGAACGGGAAGAAGUACCUGGGAGCUAAACUGCUUUUUACCCGCAUAAGUGAGAAACAGAUGGAUGACAUUUUGAAUAAACGAGUUUGAAGAGCACAAACAAACCUAAGACUGAUAUGGAGAUCUUUAUUUUCAAAUCAAGGUUGCUUCUCAACUCAUGAAUUCUAUGUUUGUUAAACAAUAACCACUGGCCAUGCCUCCGCUUAAUCUUCGUGUACAUUCCAUACAGACCAAAAUAAAGAUUGUCUAAACA